CUGGGCUCUCUUUCGAAGACACCGUCUCACCUCGUUCCCUUAUCUUGUACGCGAUGGCAGGAUUCUUUGGAUCGGUAUUGCAAUGGUUCAUUGGGAUAUUCUUCUCCAAGUCAGCUGAAAUAGCGGUAAUCGGCAUACAGGCCUCUGGGAAGACGUCAUUUGUGAAUGUCAUUGGGUCGGGACAGUGGAGUGAGGACGUCGUGCCAACUGUCGCAUUCAAUUUUAGGAAGGUUAGAAAGGGAAACAUAACUUUCAAGAUAUGGGACGUUGCCGGGCAACCCAAAUUCCGGUCCAUGUGGGAACGAUAUUGUAACGGAGUUGACGCUAUUGUUUUCGUUGUCGAUACGGCGGAUAAAGAGAAAUUUAACAGUGCUCGGUUCGAACUGCAUCAGCUACUGGGUCAACCUUCACUUGCCGGUGUUCCCUUGCUAGUGCUCGGCAACAAGAGUGAUAUCGAAGGCCAUGCUUCUGUGAAAGAACUGAUCAAGGAGCUGCAACUGGAUAAAAUCACCGACAGACCUGUCUCAUGUUACUCGUGCUCUAUGAAAAGUCAGCACAACCUCGGCGUUAUUAUGCAAUGGCUGUCCGAACGAGGCCACUAGUUGUGCUCUUUACGAGCCCUCUUCUCCAUAGGUCCUAUUAAUUAAAUUAUUAUAUUCAACGGUCGUUCUCUGCGCUUAGUUUUUAUGCAUCUCAUCGGAUUCUGUUACAUUGUGGUCUUCUUAAUCAAGCCCUGGAUUAUGGAACCAACAUUUAUCUUCGUUUCGCCAUCUGAACUGUCAAAUUGUCGAUAUACAUUUGCAGCGUUUCAUUUCCAGAAGUCAGCUUAUCGACUUCUUUCUGAACAGUUUGCACCCUGUCAUAUAAUGUGCGAAGGUCGUCCUGCGAUGCUGCAAUUUCUCUGGAGAAUUGUUCUUUCCGAAGGGCAUCCUUGACGAUGUCGCCGGUCUGAGGUGGAGGACCCCAACCUGGAGCAUCGUCGUACAUGGUGGGCAGUAG